UAGACAUUAUCAUCGGUACUGAACGAGGUACUGUGUGUGGCGAUAAUUGGGACGACACUGACGCCAAAGUCAUCUGCAAAAUGCUCGGAUAUGAUGGUGGGAGAGCGCUGAAUGAAUCCCACUUUGGUCAAGGCAGUUCGAGUAUUCUUCUAGAUGAUGCACAUUGUGACGGAACCGAAUCAUCCAUCAUGGCAUGUCGCCAUUCUGGUCUUGGGUUUCAUAACUGUGAGCACCACGAAGGUGCAUCAGUUGUAUGCAGCUCAAAAUGUGGUCUUCGAACUCUGGAACAUUAUUCAAGAAAGAAACGUAUAGUUGGAGGGAAAACUGCAGAAAAGGGCUUCUAUCCAUGGCAUGCUGGAGUUCGAAGCAGGAGUUCAAUGCAUUUUUGUGGAGUAAUAAUUUUGAACGACCGUUGGAUCCUUAGCGCAGCACACCAUUUUCAGAACAUAGGCAAGGAUGACAUUAUGGUUUAUACCGGUGACCACGACCUUUUGGAAAAUGAUACCUUUGAAGAACAGUUUGAGUUGGAGCACCUUAUUAAACAUCCUAAUUAUACAUAUCAUACCGUCUCGGAUUUUGACAUUGCCCUGAUGAAGGUUAAACUAAACAAUGGGUAUGACAUACAGUUUAAUGAUGAAGUACAGCCAGCGUGUCUGCCGGAUUCUAGCAUGCAUUACGAGACUGGGCUCACGGGCUCACAUGCCACAUCUCUGGAUGGGGUAAAACGUCCUUUUUCAAAGAUUUCAAAGGUACAUCUACGAUGA